UCGAGCAUUCUUGGAGCAUCAGAUGCCUCCAAAUCUUGGCCUAACAAAGGAGAGAAUCUGGGAUAAAAAGUUUCAGUUCAAGCUCAUUGCCAAUCAGGGACUCAUUGUCAUUUCUUCAUCGAAUGGCUCCGAUCGGCCGAGAGGUGCCACCUGCUCUUAGCUAGUACCAUGGUUGGCGCAAAGCGUGUGUAAUUCCUCAAAAUUUACUCUCUUUUAAAAAAAAUUACUAGGUAGAAUCAGAGUUUCAGACAGACAGAUGUGAUGGAUGAUGAAGAUAUGGGUGCAUCUGAAUUUUUCACCCUCGUUUUGCUUCCUAAAAGGAAUCUCACGGAUUUAUUUACCGAGGCUUAUCUUGUUAUCUACACGCCUCCUAGGCUCCUAUACAUACAUGUUACCUUCUUCCCCCCCCAGCUUUUUAAGCCACGCCACAGUCGAUCACCUGGCAAUUGAGCUUGCAAAAGCUUCAAGAGAAACAAUGGCGGCGUACAGGGUGCUGGAGGUGACUCUGCAGUCGGCGCGGGACCUGCGGAACGUGAACCUGAUCCACCGCAUGCAGGUGUACGCCGUGGCGAGCAUCUCCGGCGACCCGCUCACGCGGCAGGCCACCGCGCCGGACCCCUACGGCGGCCGCCACCCGACGUGGAACGCCACGCUCCACUUCGCCGUCCCGCACGACGCCUUCACCGGCGGCGGGGGCGCCUGCCUCCACGUGCUCCUCCGCGCCGAGCGCACGCUCGGCGACCGCGACGUCGGCGAGGUCAUCGUGCCGCUCUCCGAGCUGCUCGAGAGCGAGGUGGCCCGGUCGGCCUGCUUCCAGGUGCACAGGGUCCAGCGAGCUGACCAGAUCCGUGGGGUUCUUUACAUGACGUACCAUCUCGGCCCUGUUGUUAAGAAGGAGGAGCCGCGGCCGCCGCCGCCGCCGGCGAGGGCAGAUGAGACUGUCAUGGCGUACCCGGUUCCGGCUGCGCUGCCGCCGCAGGCUGGUGCCUGGCCAUGGCAUCCGGCCGUGCUGCCGCCGCAGGCUGCGUGGCCUAGGCGAGCGCCACAAGCUGGGUGGCCUUGGCCUGGGCAAGUGCCUCCGCCGCCGGCGCCUGCGAAACCAGCUGCAGGACACGUGCAGGGCGCGCCGUUGUCUCCUGCGAAACCAGCUGCAGGGCAUGUGGCUGGUCCUUCGCCUCCGAAACCGGCCGUGCAUGUGAUGCCGCCGGCAUCCCCGGGAGCUUCUGGACACGUGAGCGUGCCAGCUUCGCCUGCGAAACCUGCGGCUGCCGUGCCGCCAUCAUCUCCGAGACCUUCCGCGUCGUCGUCUCCAAGACCUGGAGGCGGGUACGUGACCGUGCCAUCUUCGCCUGCGAAACCACCCAUGCCGCCGCCAUCUCCAAAACCAGCGGGGCAUCAUACGGCCAUGCCACCGCUGUCUCCUACGAAACAAGACGCCAUGGCGCCGCCGCCAUCUCCAAAACCAGCAGCACAUACGGCCGUGCUGCCACCUUCGUCCCCGAGGCCGCCUUCCUGGUACUUGCAGCAGGCGGCCGCACGGCCAUCUCCAAAACCAGCCAUGCCGCCGCUGUCCCCAAAAGCUUCCGGCGGGCACGUGUCCGUGCCGCCGUCCCCAAAAGCUCCCCGCGGGUACGUGUCGUCCGUGCCGCCGUCGCCGCAAUCUUCCAGUGGGUACAUGUCAAGCGUGCCGCCGUCUCCAAAGCAAGCCGUGCCCGCAGCAGCUUCUCCUGCGAGACCGGCCGGCGGGCACGUGCCGGUGCCGCCAUCUCCACAAGCUUCGAGCGGGUACAUGACGAGCGUGCCGCCUUCUCCACAAGCUCACGGGGGUUACAUGACGAGCGUGCCGCCUUCGCCACAAGCUCACGGGGGUUACACGACGAGCGUGCCGCCUUCGCCACAAGCUCACGGGGGUUACACGACGAGCGUGCCGCCUUCGCCACAAGCUCACGGGGGUUACACGACGAGCGUGCCGCCUUCGCCACAAUCUUCAAGCGGAUACAUGUCGUCCGCGCCGCCGUCUCCAAAGCAAGCCGUGCCUGCAAGACAACCCGGCGGCCAUGGGCACACGGCCGCCGUGCCAACGUCUCCAAAACCAUCCAGACUAGGAGAACACGCGUCCGUGCCACCGUCUCCGAGACCAGCCGCCGGACACAUAGCCGCACCACCGUCGCCUGCAAAACCAGCCAUUGGACAUGUGGCCCCGACGCCGUCGCCUGCGAAACCAUCCGUUGGACACGUGGCCGCGCCGCCGCCUCAGAAGCCAUCGGAACACGUGGACGUGGACGUGUCGUCACCGUCGCCGUCGCCAGACCGAGCGCUCGAACGCGUAGCAACUGAAAGCUCAACGGUGACGAGGAAGAACAGUGACGUGGAGUUCGGGAUGAGGCUCGGGGCCGGGCUGGUGAGUGGCGCCAUCAACGGGAUCCUGGCCGGAGCCGCCGGCGGCAACGGCAAGAGAGGAGGAGGAGCAGCCAGCUCGUUUUCGAUGGGUCUCCUUCCGUUCGGCCGCAGCCGUAAAGACCGGUCUGUGUCCAAGGCGUACGACAGAGAUGCCGGCCAGUAACUAACUAACUAAGCAAGACACGGAGUUUACUUAGCUUACUUAAUACGGCUAUAUUGAUUUUAGCCCUCAAUGUGAGUUAUACAAACACUAGCUGGCACUAGUAUAGUACUACUGGCGAAGCAAUAAACGGUGCACGUCUUUGCACCGUAUACUAAUAGAUGAGGUUUUGCUUGUAAUCUCCUGAGUUCUAUGUAUGUACCAAUGCAGAGGAUUUGAACUUUGAAGGGCUGUCAACUACUCCUAGUUGCUGCUACCAUGUAAAAAAAAGAACUAUCGACUGUAAAAACAAAAGUAUUAAGAAUCGAUUCUUCCAUCUGCA